AUGCUCUCCGCUGCUACGCGGCAGUUGCAAGCUCUACGGAAGACCCAGAACGUGCGAACGAUACUAUAUCGUGGCAGCGCCCAGACUUAUAAUCGCCGCUGGGCGUCUUCGACGACUUUCAAUUGGGAGGAUCCCCUUGCGGCGUCUGAGUUGUAUACGGAAGAGGAAUUGGCUAUUCAAGAUACGGCGAGGCAAUACUGUCAGGAGCGGUUGCUGCCGCGAGUACUGGAGGCUUACCGAAAUGAGGAUUACGAUCGCAGCAUAAUUGCCGAAAUGGGAGAGAUAGGCCUACUAGGCGCGUCAAUCCAGGGCUACGAGUGCGCCGGUACUAGCACUGUCGCAUCCGGCCUCAUUACAAAAGAAGUUGAACGGGUAGAUUCAGGAUACCGGUCGGGGAUGUCUGUUCAGAGUUCACUCAUCAUGACGGGUAUCUAUGAGUUCGGGACGGAAGAGCAGAAAGAACGAUUUCUACCGCAACUCGCAAAGGGGAAGCUGUUGGGAUGCUUUGGUCUGACCGAGCCAAAUCAUGGCUCAGAUCCCGGAUCAAUGGAAACCGUGGCGCGUGAACACCCUUCAAAGAAAGGAUAUUAUAGUCUCUCGGGCACAAAGACAUGGAUAACAAAUUCACCCAUCUCCGAUGUUCUACUGGUGUGGGCCAAACUGCAAAGCACAGGCAAAAUCAAGGGCUUCUUGGUUGAACGAAGCAAAUGCCCACCGGGUACGCUGGAGACACCGGCUAUCAAAAAUAAGACUGCUCUGCGAGCAUCCAUCACUGGCAUGAUCCAGAUGGAUGACUGUCCGGUACCAGUGGAAAAUAUGUUGCCAAGCGUUGAAGGCUUAUCCGGACCUUUUACCUGUCUCAACAGUGCCCGAUUAGGCAUCGCUUUCGGCGUCACAGGUGCGUUGGAAGACUCGCUCAGCCGGGCCAGGGAAUACGCAUUGGAGCGUAAACAAUUCAAGGGGAACCCGCUGGCCAAGUAUCAACUUAUCCAGAAGAAGCUCGCCGAUGCUGCCACCGAUGCCGCUUAUGGCACUCUCGCUGCUACGCAGGUAGCUCGCCUAAAGGACGCAGGAAAAGCGACACCGGAAAUGAUUUCGAUGGUCAAGCGACAGAACUGUGAUCGGGCGUUGGUCAAUGCGCGGAUACUUCAAGAAGUGUUCGGAGGCAAUGCUACCAGCGACGAGUAUCACAUCGGCCGUCACGUAGCCAACCUUUUUGUAACGCAGACAUACGAGGGUCAGAGCGAUAUACACUCACUGAUCCUCGGCCGGGCGAUUACUGGAAUUCAGGCAUUCGUCUAG